AUGCCGUACGGCGUCUACGCGUCUAGAAGCAUUCCCACACCUGUUUCUUGCCCCUUCCUUUUCGCCGCUGCUGCAGAUCCUGCGUUUCCUGGCAGUGGGGAGAGUGAGCAUGGCGUUCCAUCUCUUGCAAUUUUAACUCUCCUCUUCCUUGCCCCCUCCUCUUCCUUGCCCCCUCCUCUUCCUUGCCCCCUCCUCUUCCUUGCCCCCUCCUCUUCCUUGCCCCCUCCUCUUCCUUGCCCCCUCCUCUUCCUUGCUCCCCCCUCUUCCUUGCUCCCCCCUCUUCCUUGCUCCCCCCUCUUCCUUGCUCCCCCCUCUUCCUUGCUCCCCCCUCUUCCUUGCUCCCCCCUCUUCCUUGCUGCUCCCCCUCUCCCUUGGUUCUUCAGCCUCACCAAGUGGCGCCUGCCCCACUGGAGCCCCAAACCCCCACUAGCAUUGCACUCACAUCCCGCACUGCACCCAUCCUUACCCCUCAGCCUCACCCUGUGGCGCCUGCCCCUCUGGAGCCCCAAACCCCCACUAGCAUUGCACUCACAUCCCGCACUGCACCCAUCCCCACCCCUCAGCCUCACCCUGUGGCGCCUGCCCCACUGGAGCCACCUGCAAAAUCGUUCCUGGGGGAAAAUAUGGGAGGGUGGAGGUGCCUUACUGCGCGUGCCCUAA